CUUAACGGCGUUGUUGUAUAGAAAUUUGCUAAAAUUAUUAAAUAAAACAAAAACACACCUGUUUUCUGCUUUCUUGAUAAGAGAGUAUUUGUUUAAAAUAAACAUUCAGAAGAAUCUUGCCGAAAAGACUGUUUGGAGUAAAACAAAAAGAAUACUAAUUUUGUUUAAACAUCGACUUUGUACUCUGAUUGAAUAAAAACACAAUCUACGAUUCUUAAUGACAUAAAUUAAGUGAUAAGAAUAACUUUUCGGAACAAUUAAAAUAAAAAAACCAUUGGAGAACCUAUAAACAAAAGGAGUAUUGGAGAGACCAGCUGUUUUUACUUUUGUGCAAAUUCAUUGCGCUCAAACUUUAACAAAUAGCCUUAAAUGACAAAAUGUUGCAAUUUCUGAAGAGGUCUUUGUUCAAUCUUUAUCUGCAAUAUGAAUUGGUGACCAACAUUUAUAUGUUUGAGCCAUGGGAAAAGAAAUUAAUCAAUGGAUUUGUUGCUUUGAUUUUGGGUCUGGUACUUUUCUCCAGUUAUUUCUAUUUACCAUCAUACAUUGAGACUUUCCUUCAAUUUGUAACGCCACAACAACAACACGACAACAGCAUGACAGCGACUUCGACGGGACCCACAGCCUCACCGCCAUAUGCCGCUCCCAUACUUCAAGCUGAGAAGAUAAGUAUAGGUUAAACAGUUUUAUUGUAGUUGUUGUCGAUUUUUAUAGAUUGUAAACAAGGAAUAUGGAAUGAAUGAAUGAAUGAAUUAUAUAUACACGGCCACAGCCAACCAACCAGCCAUUGGACAUUAUCUCAA